CCCGUGCGCAUUGUGAAGGCUUUUGCUCCCGUCGGACGCGCCGCCGUCGCGCUGCUACGGGUGCUGAUGGCCAUAUUGUAUGCUAGCUAUGCGAUCGCGCUUUACACGGUUGAUUGCAUGGCGGCGUGGGUGGCUGAGUGCCGGGGAAAUACAGUCUGUGCGGAAGACAGAGAGGACAGGGAAGAGAAUGACGAGGAGGAGGCCGCCCUCCUGCGUGUGGAUUCGGAGUGUUGAGUGAGUCGGCGACGGCGGACGGGUACACAUGAUUGUUGCGUUGGACAAGACCCAAUUGGUAUCGAAGCUCGCCACCACGUGAUAUGGUAGCCGGAGGUCAACGGGGUCAGCAGCGGGCGUCUGGCGGUCUGAGCCAGAACUACCUGACGCCGUACGGGAGCGGACUGGGCUCGGCGGCCGGCUCCCAGGUUGGCCAAAGCCCGUACAUGUCGGCCGCCUACAACUACGGCGGUGGCGGCACCGGCCUGGCGGCGCCGCCUCUCAACCAGACCGCCUAUUCGACCGGCUCGCAGCAGGUCGCCGCCGACUACGGCAGCUACGGGGCAUACUCGCCGCAGGCUUUUCUACUACGGGGGCCAGCGGACGGCAGCACCGGCCGACGACGUCGGCGCGGCGAGCCGUCACCCGACGACGAACUGGCGCAGAAGAUCGACCGCAUCUUCAUCUGGGACCUAGACGAGACCAUCAUCGUGUUCCACUCGCUGCUGACCGGGCAGUACGCUCGCGAGAACGGCAAGGACCAGGCGAUGUGCUCCCAAAUAGGCAGCAAUUUAGAGACUCUAGUAUUCACCACUGGCGAAGAACUGUUCUUUCUCAAGGAGCUGGACGUUGAUAGUCAAUAUCCGACGCACGUGGCCAACAUUGAUGAUCUCCGUGCGGAGGAUAACAACCAAGACCUCAGCAACUACAAUUUCCUGGCGGACGGGCUGGCCAGCACGCUGGGCGUGCCGACGGCACCCCUCGGCUAUAGCUUGGCCAGGAACAACGUCAGCGCGGAUAUCGCGCGCAAGCUCGCCUUCCGACACCGGCGGGUCAAAGAGCUCUACAACAUGUACAGGAACAACGUGGCAGAGCUGUUUCGGGCGCAUUUGCACGGUCGGCACCCAUCGUUCGAGCACACGUGGACCAAGACGCGGCAGGACCUGGAGAUGGAGACCAACGGCUGGCUCACACAAGCGUGCUCCUGCCUGAAACUCAUCCAAGAGAGGAAGCAGUGCACCAACGUGAUGGUGACGCGGAACAUGUUGAUGACCACCUUCGCCAAGACGGUGGUCUUCGGCCUGGCUGACUGCUUCGAGCCUGAGAACAUCUUCUCAGCGUACAAAGUCGGAUUUGAGAGCUGUCUCAACACGAUACGGCAAAAGUACGCCGAGAAACACGGGCGUGAGGUGAUCUGCGUGAUCAUCGGUAAGCCGGACAAGCCAGACAGCCCGAGCAUCAUCACCGCCGCCCGACAG